GUUAGUGCUCCGCAGCUCCCCCUAGUGGUCUCCGCUGGCGGCGCAUAGCUUAUUCAGGUGAUAGCAGGGACGCGGAUCGGUGGCCGGUGGUCAUGGAACGAAGAGGCGGCCGGUGCUGAGAACGGAUCGGGGACACACACCGGGACGAUGAGCACCUCUCCAGCAGCGGGCUCGGCCGCUCCGCCCUGCCGCUUGGCCCAUUACUUCGUGAUCUGCGGGACGGACGCGGAUAGCGGGCUGGAGCCCGAUGAGCUGGCCGUUUUAUACCAAUGGUUAGAAGCUGAUCGUCAUGGCAGGAGCCAAGAAAAUGGCGCAGGUGAAAACUUUGACCAGAGCCCGGUUAGAAGAACCUUCAAGUCAAAAGUCCUUGCUCACUACCCUCAAAAUGUGGAGUGGAACCCCUUCGACCAAGAUGCUGUCAACAUGCUUUGCAUGCCGAAGGGGCUGUCCUUCCGAACCCAAUCGGACUCCCGGGACCCCCAGUUCCAUUCAUUUAUCAUCACCAGAGAGGAUGGCUCUAGAACAUAUGGAUUUGUGCUAACAUUUUACGAAGAGGUGACCAGCAAGCAAAUAUGUACUGCCAUGCAGACUCUAUACCAGAUGCACAAUGCGGAGCACAGUGUUUAUGCCUCCUCCUCCUGCAGCAUGGACUCCUUAGCCAGCAGCGUGGAGGAUGGAGACGCCACAUCCCUGGCAAAGCUCCAGCGAUACAACACCUACGACAUCAACAGGGACACGCUUUACGUUUCCAAGUGCAUAUGUCUGAUCACCCCGCUCCCGUUCAUGCAACCCUGCAAGAAGUUCCUAACACAACUCUAUAAAGCUGUGACUUCGCCGCAGCCGCCACCCCUACCAUUGGAGAGUUAUAUACAUAACAUUCUGUAUGAGGUCCCGCUGCCGCCGCCAGGAAGGUCACUGAAAUUUUAUGGGGUGUAUGAGCCUAUUGUUUGUCAGAGGCCAGGACCUAACGAGCUGCCAUUGUCCGACUAUCCUCUCAGAGAGGCCUUUGAGUUACUGGGAUUGGAGAACUUGGUUCAGCUUUUCACCUGCGUACUACUUGAAAUGCAGAUCCUGCUGUAUUCACAAGAUUACCAGCGGCUGAUGACCGUAGCCGAGGGGAUCACAUCGUUGCUUUUCCCAUUUCAGUGGCAGCAUGUUUAUGUCCCCAUCCUGCCGGCCUCGCUCCUUCACUUCCUUGAUGCUCCUGUACCGUACUUGAUGGGUCUCCAGUCCAAGGAAGGGACUGACCGAACCAAACUUGAAUUACCACAGGAGGCUAACUUGUGUUUUGUGGACAUUGAUAACCACUUCAUAGAACUACCGGAGGAGUUCCCACAGUUCCCCAACAAAUUGGAAUUUAUUCAGGAAAUCUCAGAGGUUCUCUUGCACUAUGGCAUACCGCCAGAGGGAAAUUUGCACUGUAGCGAGAGUGCCACCAAGCUAAAGAGCCUGGUACUGGAUGACCUGGUGAACGAUAAGAAGAAUGGCAAUAUCUCCAGCCACAAUAUAAACAUGUACGAGCUGCUGAAGGGCAAUGAAACCAUGGCCCGUCUCGAGGCUCUCACCAAAAGGACGGGGAUAAAGAUGGACAAGAUCAGUAUCAGUGUCCCUCUGACAGACCCUGAGGAUGAGCACAAGCUCCAAUGUGCUGAGCAGGAGCUGAGGGAUUACAAACUCAAUGUGCAGAUCCGGGAAGUGUUCGCCAACCGAUUUACGCAGAUGUUCUCGGACUACGAGGCAUUCGUCAUUCAGGCUGCUCAUGACAUGGAAUCUUGGCUGACUAACCGAGAACAGAUGCAGAACUUUGACAAAGCUUCUUUCUUGUCAGACCAGCCAGAGCCCUACCUCCCAUUCCUCUCCAGGUUCAUUGAGACACAGAUGUUUGCCACGUUUAUCGACUAUAAGAUCAUGUCUUUAUGGGAAGAGAAGGAACCUCUGCUUCGAGUUUUUGAUUCUCGCAUCGAGAAGAUCCGCUUGUACAAUGUCAGAGCUCCAGCAAUUCGCACUUCUACCUACCAGUCAUGUACCACCUUAAAGGAAGCCAGUAUGUCCAUCGAGCAGCGUCUGAUGAAGAUUGAUCACACAGCCAUACACCCGCACUUGCUGGAUAUGAAGAUCGGGCAAGGGAAAUACGAGCAAGGCUUUUUUCCUAAGCUGCAGGCUGAUGUUCUCAUGAACGGACCAAUAAACAACAAUCGCUGGGUCAGCCGGAACGCUACGGCGCAAAGGAGAAAGGACCGCCAGCGGCAGCACUCUGAGCACCUCGGAUUAGACAACGACUUGCGGGAGCCAUGUGAGGAGGUCCUGAUCCGUCAGAACUCUAUGAUAUUCUGGGAGUGGGAUGAGGGCUUCCUCGCUCAAGCUCGGCCUCCCAAAAAGUCCUUCUCUGAGUGCUGCCUGAAAUAUAUGCAAGAGGCAAGAAGCCUGGGCAAGACAGUGAGACAACCCAAACUCUCUGAUCUCUCCCCUGCGGUCAUAGCCCAGACCAACUCCAAGUUUGUUGAAGGGUUGCUGAAAGAAUGUCGGAUGAAGACAAAACGGAUGCUUGUGGAGAAGAUGGGUCAUGAGGCAGUGGAGUUGGGUCAUGCUGAUGUCAACAUAACUGGCCUAGAAGAAAACACUCUGAUAGCCAGUCUGUGUGACCUGCUGGAGCGAAUUUGGAGCCAUGGCCUUCAGGUCAAACAGGGGAAGUCUGCUUUGUGGUCUCAUCUGGUACACUACCAGGAACGGCAGGAGAAGCAUGAGCGCAAUUCUGAAUCUCCAGUUACUCUGGCCUCAGAAAGAAGAAAAUCGGAUACGUAUGGCGGAUUACCAUCAUUACGGGUGUCACUGAUUCAGGACAUGAGACAUAUCCAGAACUUGCGUGUAAUCAAGACCGAUGUUGGACGAGCUCGAGGCUGGAUCCGGCUAUCCCUGGAGAAGAAGCUGCUGUCUCAGCACCUCAAACAGCUUCUGACCAAUCAGCCGCUUACUAAGAAGCUGUACAAGCGCUAUGCCUUCCUACGUUGCGAAGAGGAGAAGGAGCAGUUCCUGUAUCACUUGCUAUCGCUGAACGCCGUGGACUAUUUCUGCUUCACCGGUGUCUUCACCACCAUCAUAAUUCCGUACCGAGCUGUGAUUAUUCCCAUCAAGAAGCUGAGCAACGCCAUCAUCACAUCCAACCCUUGGAUCUGUGUGUCUGGUGAGCUGGGAGACACGGGCGUAAUGCAGAUACCCAAAAACCUGCUGGAGAUGACUUUUGAGUGUCAGAAUCUUGGCAAGCUCACAACAGUCCAGCUGGGACAUGACAACUCAGGACUUUUGGCCAAGUGGCUGGUGGACUGCGUCAUGGUCAGAAACGAGAUAACGGGACAUACAUACAAAUUCCCGUGUGGUCGUUGGUUAGGAAAGGGAGUAGAUGACGGAAGCUUAGAAAGAAUCCUCAUUGGUGAACUGAUAACCCCAGUAUCGGAUGAUGAUCUCAGCAAGCAGAGCCGUACUCCUCCUCAGCAGAAAUCCCCCACAACGGCUCGUAGGCUAAGCAUCACCUCCCUCACCGGAAAGAACAGCAAGCCAAAUGCUGGUCAAAUCCAAGAGGGAAUUGGAGAAGCUGUGAACAAUAUCGUGAAACACUUUCAUAAGCCGGAAAAAGAGAGAGGCAGUUUAACCAUCCUGCUGUGCGGAGAAAAUGGCCUAGUUUCAGCCUUGGAGCAAGUCUUCCAUCAUGGAUUUAAAACAGCCCGCAUGUUCCACAAGAGCAUCUUCAUCUGGGACUUUAUAGAGAAGGCCGUGGCUUACUUUGAAACUACUGAUCAAUUCGGGGAUGGUGAGGAAGACCAGCUUCUUCAAAUAUCGUCCUGCAGAACCUUCUGUCACUACGUUACCUCCAUUGUGGCUGCCCCCAGAAAUAUCGGCAAGGAUGGAAAGUUUCAGCUACUGGUGUGCCUGGGAGCAAGGGAUCAUUUGCUUUCCCAGUGGAUUCCCCUUUUGGCCGAAUGCCCAACGAUCGUUCGGAUGUACGAGGAGACGGCGCUGCUACGGGAUAACAUGAUGGUGAAUUCUCUGGUCCGAGUGCUGCAAACUCUUCAAGACUUCAACAUCGUCCUGGAGAGUUCCCUCACCAAAGCGGUCGAUGUGUAGAUCUGCUUCUGGGACGCUGUACAAUAUCGUUCUUUCCCUCUGGGGUUUAUUUUUUUGUUGCAUUUCCUAGAACUCUGGCCUGCGCCAAAGUGUUUCCCGAGGUGGAACACUGGACUUGGUAGCGAAUCACUGGAAGCCAAAAUGCGUUAGCAUGAGUCGGGCUCUGAAUCAUGGCAUACAUUGUCACUUACAGUAAAUUUGAAUCAGAUAUUUAGUACAAUAGA